AUGGGUCCGAUUGACGGUGACUUGAUAUACGUUAGGCAUACUGAAUGUAAAAACUCUGCGAUUGGACUGAACAUCCAUUGGCCAAUUUUGGAAUGUCCGUUAUGUGAAAAGAGUAUAAGAAAACCUGAUGAAUUAUUGUUGACUGCAAUACCUACGCCGUUUGAUCCAUUAGCGUCGUGUGCUGUUUUGUUGAAGCCGUCUUCCGAAAAUUUUUUAAGUUAUGAUAUCGGGGAUGACUUACACGUUGGGAUAGCUGAUUCAUCAUCCGUCGUUUAUUCAUAUUGGACAAAUGGUAUAACGACGGAUCGAAAUUCUUGGAUCGGAUCUGUUGUCAUUUACUCCUUCGAGAAUACCGGGUUUGACGGAGCUCUUUACUUCUUUAUCGAGCAAGCGAAAAACAGAUUUUUGCCUCAGAGCUAUGAUUUUGAAAACUGGAACUGUUUCGAUUUUAUCUGCAGCUUUCUUGAGUUUUAUCGUCCUCCUGGGGUCAUCAGUUUAGAGAAAGAUUAUUUUGUUGCCACUUUAGUACAACCGGCGUUACAAAAAGUGAUGCGAUAUUGUUCACUUUUUAAAAAAGUAAAAAAUGCUCCCCAUGAAUUAUAUAUUCUACCAUCAAAGCUUAAUUGA